GCCAGCAUUCGUUGGUACAGAGGAGGGACGUGCCGCAAACAACCGGUAGGAGAGACCAGCACCGUAUUCACCACGGUUUACCACAGGACCUGAGACAGACGGCUGUCCUCUGUCCCUGCCUGAUAAACAGACUGUUCCCAUACUUAAAAAAAAACAUGAACAGGCCAAUCGUGCCGUUGGCUUUCUGGUAACAUCACUGAAAAUGCUCCAUGCGUGUUGCUCUGUGCUAGAAGAUGGCGGAGUCGGAUGGCGGGGAUCAUGCUUCGAAACAUCCACAGAGCAGUAUGGCUAACAAGAAUAGCACCCUGCGCUGUACAUUCUCCACCUCAAGCCACAGUGCCACCCUCCUCCAGGGCUUGUCGGUCUUGCGGGCUCGGGGCCAACUACUUGACGUUGUGCUGGCCAUCAAUGAGGAGCGCUUCCAGGUCCACAAAGCUGUGCUGGCCGCCUGUAGUGAUUACUUCAGAGCAAUGUUUACCGGAGGCAUGAGGGAGUCAAAUCAAGAUACCAUUGAGCUGAAGGGUCUGUCCGCCCGUGGGCUGAAACAUAUCAUUGACUUUGCCUACAGUGCAGAAGUCACUUUAGACCUGGACUGUAUUCAGGAUGUCCUCGGGGCAGCUGUGUUCCUCCAGAUGGUCCCCGUUGUGGAGCUCUGCGAGGAGUUCCUCAAGUCGGCGAUGAGCGUGGAGACCUGCCUGCACAUUGGCCAGAUGGCCACCACCUUCAGCCUGUCCUCCCUGAAAGAGUCGGUGGACACCUUCACCUUCCGCCACUUCCUCCAGAUUGCGGAGGAGGAGGACUUCCUGCACAUUCCCACGGAGCGCCUCGUCUUCUUUCUGCAGAGCAACAAGCUGAAGAACUGUAGCGAAAUCGACCUCUUCCACGCCGCCAUCCGGUGGCUCCGGUUUGACAAGUCGCGCCGUGCUCAGGCCAGCGGUGUCCUCUGCCAUGUGCGCUUCCCGCUCAUGCGCUCCUCUGAGCUGGUGGACAGUGUUCAGACGGUGGACAUCAUGGUGGAGGACGUGCUGUGCCGGCAGUAUCUCCUCGAGGCCUUCAAUUACCAGAUUCUUCCCUUCCGACAGCACGAGAUGCAGUCUUCGCGGACGGUCACGCGUUCUGACGUCUUGUCAGUCAUCACCUUUGGCGGGACGCCCUACACGGACAACGACCGCACAGUGAGCACCAAGGUGUACCAUCUCCCUGACAUGGCGUCCCGUCAGUUCAAAGAGCUGUCAGAGAUGGAGACGGGGUGCAGCCACGCCUGUGUUGCCGUACUUGAUAACUUCGUGUACGUCAUCGGGGGACAGCACUUGCAGUACCGCAGCGGCGAGGGGGCGGUAGACAGCUGUUUCCGCUACGACCCGCAUCUGAGCCGGUGGCUGCGCAUCCAGCCUCUGCAGGAGGCUCGCAUCCAGUUCCAGCUCAACGUGCUGCACGGACAGCUGUACGCCACCGGAGGGCGCAAUCGAUCUGGCAGUCUGUCGUCUGUAGAGUGUUACUGCCCGAAGAAGAACGAGUGGACUAACGUGGAACCCUUAAAACGCAGGAUUUGGGGUCACGCAGGGACUCCCUGUGGAGAAAAGCUGUAUAUCUCAGGGGGUUACGGCGUCUCGUUGGACGACAAGAAAACUCUUCACUGCUACGACCCGGCGUCGGACCAGUGGGACUUCAGAGCCCCAAUGAAUGAACCCAGAGUGCUGCAUGCCAUGAUCAGCACCAGGGACCGGGUGUAUGCGCUGGGCGGCCGCAUGGACCACGUGGACCGUUGUUUUGACGUGCUUGCUGCCGAGUAUUACGUUCCAGAGAACGACCAGUGGACCACCGUCAGUCCCAUGAGAGCAGGCCAGUCUGAGGCAGGCUGCUGUUUACUGGACAGGAAGAUCUACAUCGUCGGGGGCUACAACUGGCACCUGAACAAUGUCACGAGCAUCGUGCAGGUGUACAACACAGAGACGGACGAGUGGGAGAGGGAUUUGCACUUCCCAGAAUCCUUUGCUGGCAUCGCUUGUACGCCAAUUAUUAUUCCACAGAACACGACACAACGCUAACCAUCUGACCUGCGACUGUGAAGAUUUUAUUCCUCGUGCUCUUUCUGCCGGCCAUUGAGUCAACACAAGGUGUGAACAUUAUGUAAGCUACUGUGUGUGUGUGUGUGUGUGUGUGUACUUGUUUUGCUUUUGCCACAAUGUGUUUAAUCAACAAGCUUCUAAAUGACAAUUUGAAAGGACUGUUGUGAAGUUAAUGUUCAGAGUAACUUCCUGUUGGAAUUCUUAAUUUAUUGAGUGGUAAUAUUAUCUCCAGAUGACCUGUGAAGAUACAAGUUCUCUUCCGGAACCUUAAUUUUUUACACUUCUUAUUUACAUAUUAAUCAUAAUUUGGUCUGUAAAACUUAGUGUUAUAUUUUUACCAUUCAAGGGCUGAAGUUACAGACCGAACAAAGUGUGUCAUUUUAUGUGUGUGUUUGCGAAGGUAUUAACAGACGUCACCUUUAUGAUGUUAGACAUUUUGAUUGUACAGUUGUGACUGUUUUAUUUGUCUGCUUUUUAUGUUGUAAAGUUUUUUUAAAAUGUUAUUCAAACUACUCUUAUGUCUCCUCAAAUGUACUUAUCAACAAAUCACAAUGCACAGUAAUGAUUGCACAAAUGAACACAAGUAGUAGUUUGUGUUUAGCUUGGAAUCGCAUACUCCAUGUGGGCGUUAAUGUUUUUUAUUUUUAUUAUUGCCCUUGUGUUUCCUGAGCUGAAACCCCCCCACUGGCACACUAAUUGUUCUCUCAGUCAAACCGGUGUGGACCCCUUAAGGCAGCUACAUAAAUCAUUCAUGUGUGUGUUUCAGUUGUAAAGUCGGUGUCUGCUGCUCUUUAUGUUAAACAAGUGAUAAAUCUGGUGUACCACAUGCUUUUGUAUCUUGACUAAAAUUAAGGGACACGGGUGAUUUGCAUUAAUGCAGGUUAAAUAUUUAAACUAUUCUCAAAAAAAUCUAAUUUCCCCAGAAAAGCUACCUAAACUAUCCAUUUGCCGCGUUUAAUGCUGGCUCGUGUUUUUAUUUUAUUACCUUUUAAAGCUGUAUAUAUCAGACAUCUGAUUCUGCUGCUGAAGUCACCGUUAUACUUAAUGUGUGUUGAAGGAAGGAGGAAGCUGAAGUUCUUGUUUUUCUUAUUAAAUGUCAUCAUCCACAUGAUUGUGUCCAUUUCUCCUGUUGCCUUAGUGUGUAUUUGUCUUACCUGUAAAAGCACAUUAUAUUGUUCAAGUGCAAUAUAAAGGAAACUGCUGUUGUCAAAGGGGAAUGUAGACAUUUGUAAAUCUUGAUGUGCAUCCUUUAAUAAAGGUGUAUCAUGUUUCAAAAAA